AUGCAUCAUCUCAUCUUGAAUUAUCCAUCGUCGUUGCCACCAAAAGCAAUGGCUUCCUCUCCGCCUAAAGUCCUCUUCUUUCUCUUCAGUCUCUUCUGUUUACUCUUCUUCAGUCGGGCAAAACUUAGUAUUGACCCUUCUGAUUACAGAGCCCUGUCCAUUGUCCUUAAAGACUUGAGUGUCAUCGACAGUCAACGCCUCAUUUCCGCUAAUCCAUGCAACAUCGACGGUGUUUUUUGUGAGAGGAGGCUCUCAAAGAAUGGCACCUACGUCCUGAAGAUCACUAAACUCAUUUUCAAUUCUAAAGGCCUUACUGGGUUUGUGUCGCCUUCAAUCGGGCGGCUCUCAGAACUGAAACAGCUGUCUCUGGCGAACAACACUUUGGUUGACCAACUACCUCCCCAGAUCGUUGACUGCAAGAAGCUCGAAACUCUUGACCUCCAAAACAACCAAUUUUCUGGUAAAAUCCCAGCAAAUUUGUCUUCGCUGAUACGGCUUCGAGUUCUUGAUCUUUCAGGGAAUGCAUUUUCCGGGAAUUUGAAUUUCUUGAAGUAUUUCCCAAAUUUGGAAUAUCUUUCUGUCGCAGACAAUCUUUUUUCCGGGAAAAUUCCACCUUCUAUACGGUCUUUUCGAAACCUCCAACACUUUAAUUUCUCCGGAAAUAAUUUACUUGAUGGGCCAGUACCAGUGAUAACCAAAACUGGAUCCUCAUUGUUUCAGUAUCCAAAACGAUACAUGUUGGCGGAGACUCCAACUACACGUGGUGGUAAAUCUCUGGCUCCAGCUGCAAGUCGAGAAUCAAGUAAAGACGUUUCUAAUGCCCCAGCUCCCAGUCCAUCACAGGCAACUCAUAAACACAAAAAGAACAGUAAAAGAAAGCUAGCUGGAUGGAUUUUAGGAUUUUUUGCCGGAGCACUAGCGGGUACCAUUUCUGGUUUUGUCUUUUCAGUGUUGUUUAAGUUAGUCUUGGCAGCAAUUAAAGGUGGAAGUAGAGAUCCUGGCCCUGCAAUAUAUAGUCCAUUGAUAAAGAAAGCUGAAGACUUGGCUUUCCUGGAAAAAGAAGACGGUCUGUCUUCUUUGGAAAUCAUUGGAUCAGGUGGUUGUGGACAAGUUUUCAAGGCUGAGUUACCAGGAAGCAAUGGAAAGAUGAUUGCCAUUAAAAAAGUUAUUCAGCCUCCCAAGGAUGCCGCCGAGUUGACUGACGAAGAUAGCAAGUUAUUGAACAAGAAAAUGAGACAAAUUCGGUCUGAGAUCAACACUGUGGGUCAAAUUAGGCACAGAAAUCUUCUGCCUUUAUUGGCUCAUAUAUCUCGACCUGACUGUCAUUUACUUGUGUAUGAAUUUAUGAAAAAUGGAAGUUUACAAGACAUUUUGAAUGAUGUUUCUCAAGGGAAUAGAGAAUUAGAUUGGCUUACAAGGCACAAGAUCGCAUUGGGGGUAGCAGCUGGUCUUGAAUAUCUUCACACAAGUCACAGCCCGCGCAUCAUUCACAGAGAUCUAAAGCCUGCAAAUGUGCUUUUGGAUGAUGAUAUGGAAGCUAGAAUAGCUGAUUUUGGGCUUGCAAAGCAAAUGCCCGAUGCUCAAACACAUAUCACCACUUCAAAUUUGGCUGGGACUGUGGGUUACAUCGCUCCAGAGUAUCAUCAGACACUGAAAUUCACAGACAAGUGUGAUAUAUAUAGCUUUGGUGUGUUGUUGGCAGUGUUAGUGAUGGGAAAACUUCCUUCUGAUGAAUUCUUCCAACAUACAGAAGAGAUGAGUUUGGUGAAGUGGAUGAAAAAUGUGAUGACUUCGGAAUUUCCCAACAAAGCCAUUGACCACAAGCUGCUCGGCAAUGGGUAUGAGGAACAGAUGCUUUUAGUUUUAAAGAUCGCAUGCUUUUGCACCGUGGAUAAUCCCAAGGACAGGCCGAAUAGUAAAGAUGUUAGGUGCAUGCUGUCUCAAAUUAAGCAUAAUUAGUCAAUUAUGGAAGGGAAUGUUACCUAUAGGUGUGCUAGAAUAAGGCAAACAUGUGAUAAACAUUGUUUGUUUUUAGUUUGAUCCAAGUCUUUAAGAUGUAUUAUUAUUAUUACACUUUCUGAACUUUUGUAUCUUGCAGAAAAUUAUAACAGACUUUGUUCAUUAAAUUCAGUUUGUUGGAUUA